AUGCGAAAAUGGGGCAUCAAAGUGAAGGCGAAGCGGCAAUCUCCGUUUUGUGUGAUCAAAUGUGAGGGAAGAAUUCUACCGCAGUAUCUGCUUCCAAGGGGGAGAAGCACCGACCAAGUGGAGCGCAAGACGAGUUCACCAUUUCGCCGCGAGGAAUGUGUAGUACUGCAUGUGUAUGACUGCUUCGACGGGUUAACAAAUGGGAAAAGGAAUUACUUAAAAAAUGUAGUGGGGAACCCCUUUAUGAGAGCCAAUUUGGGCCUCCUCUCUAGCAGGCAGCGAUGCAGCCAUUGUUACUCCACCAACAACAAGGUCUACGUGAAGGGAGAAAUUUACGAUAUUCUUCCCCCCCUAUGUAAGGGCAAAGAAAUCGAAGCCGUUGCAGCGAACUUAAUUUUCUUCAUUCUAAAAUUUGUGAAUCCUAAAAAUGUAGAAUCAGCAGAGGAGUAUAAGGAGAACAUAAAAAAUGUGUACGCCAACUUGAUCAGGUGUUACCACAAAAUUUUCACAGAAAAAGGAAAGCAUGGUGAGUGCAUUUUUUGCAUUUUUAACGAUGAAAUUGUAAAAUGUGUUAGCCCUUCUUUGAGGAAAAAUAAAAAAAACCUCAUCCAGGAAAUUGUCCUAAACAGCUUAUGUUUUUUUUUUAAAAACAAUGAAAGAAGUAAAGACAAGUUAGACCCAAAUUUGAUGUGCGAAAUUAUCAAGUAUAAAAAAUUCUUGUACAUUGUAGAUUGCCUAUCCUUUGAUCGCCACCUGUUGAGGGAAGCCAUAACAGCUCGUCACGUGGACUAUCUAUUUAGUCACUUUUUAAACGACCGAGCGUAUUUCUGUCAGGCAAUUGAGUUGGCUUCCUUGUUUCUGUCUGAUGAGCAUAUCGGUUUUAGUUCCCCCUUUAAGGAAGACAGCGCUUAUAACUGCAGGAUUGUGCUAAAGUACAUACUACAAGCGCAGUCCAAGAAUUGCCUCUUUUUAUUUUUGGACAGUCUCAAAUGUGAUGACUUAAAGAGGGACGUUUAUCGGUGGCUGACAUCCGUGGAUGAAUCAUCAGGAUUCUUUGCCGACUACUGGGGAUACCUGACGGUGCGGGAGUACCUACUGAGAAGUAAGGCAGCCGAGAAGGGAGAAGCCAAAGGGCGGUCCCCCAGUGAAGGCAUUCAAGACGGAAAUUGCAUCACCUGGGAGAAGAAGUCACUCCAUCCACACAGUGACUACUAUGAGCUGCCCAAAGAAAUGAAAAACAUUUUAAUGGUAACUAAUGUGGAAAGUUUGAAUAGGCUGAUAGGAACGAUAAAGUCGGGUCAGGAAAAACACUGGAUGGAUAACAUAUACAACGAUGACAGGAUUUACGCGUCCCAAUUUUGUGAGGACGUAAUAACUGCAGAAGAUAUUAAUGACCACUUGAGGGGGAAAAAAAAAAAGUAUUACAUCGGCAUCGAUGUCGAAUGGAACAGAAACCAAAAGGCCACAUUAAUUUCAGUGGCAACAAUGGACCAUAUUUACCUAAUCGAUCUGCUAACGGUGGACUAUAAUUACAAAUUUUUAAUUCAAUCAUUUUUUAAAUGGCUACUUGAAAACCCCUUCAUUUGUAAGCUCUUUUACAACUUCCCCUGCGAUGUGCGUAUUUUAAAUGAAUUCUUUCAAGGCAUAUCAAAUGGAAAUGUGUGUACCUACCUAAAUGUGACCGACCUGAAGGACCCUCUAUUUUUGCACAAGCACAGUGGGGUCCCUCCAGACAGUCAAGAUAGUCUCGUUUCCGCUGAACUGUUCAAUCGAAAUAUAAUUGAGACGAAUGACAUUGAGUUAUUUAAAAAGGUGACAACAAGUAGCUUUCGCGACUUCAACGGUAGGGUGAAACAUGGGGACGGUGAUAAUUCCGGGGGAAGGAUCAAUGUAUGUCCUAGUAACACCACUGAUAAGCUUCACUUUAAAAGUUUAAGCCAUUUAUGCCAGAAAAUUCUGGGCAAAAAAUUAAAUAAACAAUUGCAGUUAUCCAACUGGAGCAGGAGGCCACUAACGGAGAGUCAAAUAUAUUACGCAGCCACCGAUGCGUAUAUCCUCAUCGUGCUGGAACGACUCCUCAUUGAGAGUAAUUUUUCCUCCACGUGUUCCUCAAAUAGUAGUAGCCUCAGUGAUGUCUUUGUUCAGAAGUACAAAUGUAGGAAUUGUUCCUGGGAAUACCAACUUUCGAGAAAGGUCCACUUAGAGGAAGCCGCCAUGGACGUGCUAUGUCAUAAGUGGAAUGACAAAAUGAAAAAUUUACGCUUUAAAAUAAAUAAACUGCGUAACGAAAUAGAUGAUUUUAAGAGGAUUACCAUUAAUACGUGCAUUCAGAGAAACAAAAAGGUGUCCUUUUCAAACCUGAACAACAACAUGCGAAGAAGAGAACUUAUAAGCAUGAACAGUUACCAAGUGAAGCCCCAUCUGAGGAAGGUGAAUAACUGCACUUAUGUAUUACGCGAUGACAAAUGUAGUAAGGUAGGCAAUGUGCCUUUGCCCCUCUCGAGGAACGCGUCUAAUAAGGUCAUCAAAACGAAUGACGCCAAAGCACUGGACAAUAAAAUCUCCCUGAAAUUUAGCUCAAGAAAUAAGAGAAAAAAUGAAAAGGUGAUCAGAAUGAAUGACAGGAAGUGGCUAAACGCGACGAAGCAUAUGAAAGUCGAGAAGGAAAAUGACAUCGGAAUGGAGAAAAUUUUUGAAAAAAGAAAGAGCGCGAAGAAUAGGAGGUUGUACUUAGAGGGGGAAAUGGGCAACAUACAGGCGUACCCAAUAUACUCCGACUUGGAAGUGGGGUUCGAAAAUAUAUCACGCCUUGAGGAUGAAGCCCUGUCAAAAGUGAAAAAGGAGAGCCAAGACGACGACGAUAUCAAGACGUCAAGGCAGCUAGCCGAGUGGAGCUCAGAUAUGGUUCACAAGUAUCUUGAGGAGACCAUUGAAAAAACGAGAAUACUUUUUCAAAGUGUGGAUUUGAAAAGUCGACAGGAGGAAAUUUUCAGGAGGAUGAAUUCUUAG